CAGUGCCCAAGCAACUGCACGUGACGCGUGCCGGGGAAGGCGACCGGGAACGCGCCGCCUGAGGCUGCACCCGGUCUAAGGCGUCAAAUGCAGCCCCAGCGGGCGGUGGUCUGGCAUGCCCAGCAUCAGUCUGAAGGGGGUCCGGAGCCAGAAGGGUUAAAAUAAGCGACUCGCCCACUUCCCGCCUCCCUGCGACGUCCUUCCCGCCAGCGAUGGGCAGCCGCGAUCACCUGUUCAAAGUGCUGGUGGUGGGGGACGCCGCAGUGGGCAAGACGUCCCUGGUGCAGCGCUAUUCCCAGGACAGCUUCAGCAGACACUACAAGUCCACGGUGGGAGUUAGGUUUUCCCAGCCCGAGCUGAUGCUGGAAAGAGAUAGGGCGAAGGUGUGAAGAUGAGAUAUGGGGCAAGGAGGAUGAGAAAAUGAGCGACUGCUGCGUUUUGCUGGGGAACUGUGAACCCAGAUCUCCUCCUGCCUCCUUCCAAGAGUUCAGGGGCAGAUCUCUGCGGUCGGCAGGGGCAGCCGAGACCCUCUGGAGAGCCUGGCGAGGUGUCAGCCUGGGCUGCUGUCCUGCCUCUCGUGGGAGUUCCAGGCAGCCGUUAAAGGAACAGAGUGGUGUUUGACCUGGUCUCAAGGAUCCUAGCUUUGUAAUGGUGGAUUUUGCUCUGAAGGUGCUUCAGUGGUCUGACUCAGAGAUGGUGCGGCUGCAGCUGUGGGACAUUGCAGGGCAGGAGCGCUUCACCUCUAUGACACGAUUGUACUAUAGAGAUGCGUCAGCCUGUGUUAUUAUGUUUGAUGUUACCAAUGCUACAACCUUCAGCAAUAGCCAGAGAUGGAAACAGGACCUGGACAGCAAGCUCACACUGCCUAAUGGAGAGCCUGUACCCUGCCUGCUCUUGGCCAACAAGUGUGAUCUAUCCCCUUGGGCAGUCAGCCGAGACCAAGUUGACCGGUUCAGUAAAGAGAAUGGUUUCACAGGGUGGACAGAAACAUCGGUCAAGGAGAACAAAAAUAUUAAUGAAGCCAUGAGAGUCCUCAUAGAAAAGAUGAUGAGCAAUUCCAGAGAAGAUAUGUCUUUGUCCUCUCAAGGAGACUACAUCAACUUACAAACUAAGUCCUCCUCCAGCUGGGCCUGCUGCUAGCUGUGUUUGGCUUGUUUACCCUCCCAGUUCUAGGAGGUCUUUCCAUCUCUUCCCUUUGGUUGCCUACCCGGUAAUUUUAUAAAGUUCACUUGAAUUGUCUCCUGCCGACUGUCCAGUAAGGAGGCCCACCACCAAGGAAAAACACCCAGGACCCGUGUGCAUUUCUGCAUCACUUACAAGUUGGCUCUUAGUUGCUGCUGGCUCAUGGGGCCCAGUGAGUGCCUUAUAUGUAAGAAAGAUCACCUUAUCCCUCAGUAUACCAUCUGGGAUUUUGUGGGAAGAAUUAGAAAUCAGCAUCUACAUUUUGAAUGAUCAUAAUUCUCAUCUACUUUUGAGUUUAUUUUCCCAGGUGAUGCGUGUUAACACGUCUGAUACAACUUCAGAUUUCGAGGAAAAUGAGGCCAGAGGUCAUUUCCCAAAUUCCUUGUACAUUAUCAAUGUCAGAUUCUUUCUGUCUUGGACUCUGAAUUUAAAUAUAUGGUUCUGAGAUACAGAAGGAGUGGGGAUGGAUACCUAUAGGUUUAGGGCUACUGGAAGUAACCCAAAGUCAACCUAUUUUUUGAAGUUUCUAGAGUCAUAAUUUAACUUUCUCUUGGCUUCAAGACUAGUCAAGCUUUGAAAGCACAGCCAAAUGAUGUCACUUGCAGCAUUAUGCAUUAAGACAUAAAGAAAUUUAUUCUCAUAUUAGGGCUUAGUGUCUCCCUGCCAGUGUGGUGGGGGCAGAAUUUUCAGGUUUCUGGGUUAAUGUCUAGAUGCUGGAGUGACAUCAGUUAGCCAUUGGCCUGGAAUGGGUCUGCCCCUCACAGCUCUGGGAAUCUGGAUGAAAGAGAGAGUGGGUCAUAGAACAAAUCCUUUGGGGCAACUUGCUUAGCAGCAUCCUGUGCGGCUAGCACUUAACAGCCAUAGGAAACAAAUAUUAUGUAGAGACCUUUGCCAGGUGGUAGAAGAGUAGAUAGAUAGAAAAUCAUUAGGUAAUUUAAGUGCUAAAUUGGGUAGGGUUUUUAGUAUCAAAUCACUUCUAGACAGUUUACUUUGUUAAAUGUUCAUAGGAGGGUGAUUUAUAACCUACCCGAUGUUAUGAAUAUUCUUAGUGAACUCAGAGGCCUGGAGUUCUUUGAAAGACAACUUACCUAAAAAAGUGUCCUAAGUCAGUGGUUUCCAAAUGUGAUCAGAACCAACUGAGGAGUUUGUUAAAAUUUUUAAAAUAGAGGAUUUUAAAGUUUCUAGAUCCCAACCUCAAAGCUACUGAACCAAAAUUUCCAGGGGUGAAGCCUGGGAAUUUUUUGUUGUUAUUUUUCAAAGCUUCCCAGAUGAUCCUGAUCAGCCUGGUGUGGGAACUGUUGCUGGAGAAAACUUGGUAAAGUUGCAGAGGCCCAGGCCUCCCCUGUUGAAUGAUCCUGGGCUUCUGUAUGCUCUGUGGGGUCUUCGGGUGAUUCUGCACACCAGGCUUUGAAAAACACUGUCCUAACAGACCAAAGACCAAGUAGCAGAGAAAGGAUGGGAGCCAAGUCUUCAGUGUUCGUUUGGUUUUAAUGCCAAUUAUUAUUAUAAUAUUUACAGUCUUUUGAGACCUUGAGUCUCUUUUGUAUUACCUUUUUCAGGUAGGGUUUUUAUUACAAUCAUUUUGAAGAUAGUGGAGUAAAAAAUUACCUUUAUGUGAAGAGAAGUUUGAUUUAUUUGCUGGUUUGAACCCCUGAAAAACCACAAUAAAUGAAAAAUAAGUCUUGUA